AUGUUAAAGCGAUUAAUUGAGAAAUGGAAACAAUACAGAUACAGACUUGUACCUUGGAUAGCACUGAAUAUGAAUGAAAGGACUAUUCGUGCAGUUCCUACCAAAACAGCAGAUGCCAUUAUACCUCAGUCAGAAGCAAUAGGAUCCCUUGAAAAGAUAUUUCAAGCAUUUGAAGAAUCUACUUAUGUUAAACAAUCCAAGGAACAAUCACCUAGUCAUUUAGAAAAGGUUCAUCAUCAGAGUCUUGGUGUUCUGCAGAAUACCUUUGGAUUUACAGUUGAAAGAAGACCUAGUAAUCUUAUCGGAGGUGGGGUUGGUGUUUUCGUUACGACAGGAGAAGUUCCGCCCAACACUGUAGUAGCACUAUAUCCAGGUACUUUAUAUUAUAAUUACGAGCCUAUUUUGCUACAAAGUUUAUCUAAUCCGUUUAUAUUUCGAUGUAUCGAUGGUCUACUGAUUGAUGGGAAUGAUAAAAGAAUCUCUAAAUAUAUUUACAAGUCGUGUUCUAAUAGAGAUCGUAUUGGCCCUUACCUGAUCUGUGAUACAUCAUGGCUGACACCAUUUCCCGUUAACCCUCUAAAUAUAGGACAAUAUGUAAAUAACCAAUCCAAAGCACAUGAAGCCAAUGUGGCUUACCAAGAAGUUGAUAUACCCCAGGACUUUCCGUUUCAUUUGCGGAAAUAUAUUCCAAAUAUAUAUUAUGGUGCCAAUUUAGACUCAAUGGAUGUGAACAGGUUAACUCGUGUAGUGAUAUUAGUGUCUACGCGAACUAUUACAUCCGGAGAGGAACUAUUUUCUACAUAUUUCACUGUUCUCUACUGA